UUAAACUCUAAAUCUAAUUUUUUACCCAAACUAUAUACCUCAAGCACUAUAUCCCAAAUACAAACCCUAACUAUAAUACAUUUACAUUUAAAUUCUAAAUCUUAAACAUAAACCUUAAACUUAAAUCUUUUUCAAAACUUAAUCUCAAACUACAUACUGCAGCAGUUAAUUAUGUUUCCAUUCAAUACCCUAGUUUGUUUUCAUUACCUAACAACAAAACCCAUAGAACAUGUAUGUAAAUAGCCGUUGGAAUUGGAAACCACAAUAUCAAAACUUGUUUAAAAAAAUGAAGAAAAGCAUUCUAAUUUGAAAAAGGGAAUAAAAGAGUCAGAGGCAAUACGACAUUGACUGCAGUGAUUUCUCUUUCCUAUGUCUAACGGCUCCAUUGCAUCUACGUUGGGAAAUUUUCAAAAAAACUACUCUUCUCACUGUUCCAUUUUUCUCAUCAAAAUAAAUUAAAUUCAAGUUUGAUUCUGAAUCACUCACACUGGGGUUCAGACUCAUCUUUAUAGCAAAUGGGUUGUUGUCUCAGCAAGAAACCUUCUCCGAUCCCUCUCUCCAGUGGUGAUGUUAAAUCUCCAGAUCCAGUCAAACCCGAUGUUAAUAAACCCACUAAACCGGUGAUUGAGCUGCCGGUUAAACCGGCGAUUGAGAUUCAGGAGAGUCCUUAUCCAGGAGUGGAAGAAGCCAAACUAAUUAUAUCCGAGAAGGUAGAGAAAGAAGAAGAAAAUGCUACAAUUAAGGAUGUUUCAGCUUCUGUAGCGGUGGAGAAACCAGUGGUGAGGACCUCAAGCUGUACGAAGGAAGAAGUCGAUGCGAUACUGAUACAAUGCGGGAAGCUAAGUCGGAGCAACUCAACAAGAAGAUACUCUGGCUCAAAGAGAAGCUUCGAUUUUGACCAGAACGAGAGGACACAUGGAGGCGGCGGCGGCGGAGAUGUGGAGGAUGAGAGAAGGAAGACGCCUCAAAGGAAUCGUGACCGUGGAAGAGUAGAGAGAGCGAACGGUUCGCCCCGCGAGAGGCGAAGACGAACUCCGAGCAGAGAAAGAGAAAGAGGCGGCGGCGCCGGUGGAAGCAGACGGGCGAGCAGGUCUCCCGCAAAACGAUCGGAGCAGGCCACAAACCCUAGUGGCAGUUUAGUAAUUUCGAGCAACAUUAAGUUUGUUACAGUUCCCGCGACGGACCCCUCGAGUAAACGAGUCACUGUUAAGAGAAGCAUCGGAGAAGCUUGCAGAACCGCUGCGAUGAGUAAUGUUCAACCUCGGAGAAAGCCACUGGGAGAAAUCGAUCAGAACGCGACAAAAGGAGACAAGAAGAAGAUAAAUGCAGAUAAGAAACCACAAGUGAUAAGCAGAAGCAGGUCGUUGAGGAGAUCAAGGGACUUCGAUUUCAGUCCAGAGACAUUGUUGUUGCAAUCAAGCCAAGAAGACAAGAGCAGUUACACGGCGCUGUUGCUGAAAGACAUUAAGGAUUUCCAUGGGAAGAGUAGUAAUGAUGAUGAGGAGGAGGAUCCGUUUAGUCGUCUUCCGUCUUGUGUUACUAAAGCUUGCUCCAUUGUUGAAGCAGUGGCGGAUCUUAACUCCACCAGCUCUGAUUUGAACCAGUUUAGAUUCGGAUCUACUGUGAAGAAAGCGGAUUUGGUGGAACCCAGCUUUGAGAAGUAUGUGACUGUGAGGAGAGGUUGUUGUUCGUUGGAGGAGCAAGAAUCAUGUGGUAGCAACAAUCUUACGUGACUAGUGUUCGAUUUCUCUGGCAACAACUCUACUCUCUGUGUUGUUGCAGUUUCAACUUUAGUUCCCCAUGUUUUCAUUCACUUCAAUCGAAUCUUUUCUUCAACAUUAUGUUGAGAUAAAAUGGUACUAACAAUUCAAUAGUGAGAAACUUACUGUGUGACCGUGUACUACGUAUGCAAGUACACUGUGAUAUGGUGGCAUAAAUAUA